CAGUGACUGAGGUAAUGACACAAUUCUGUAAGUGCAUCUUUCCAAGAAAACACCGGUGCCAUUCCAUUUGGCCCUUUACAGUUGUCAUGUGCAGGUUCCCAUCUCUGCAUAAUCCUGGAAAAAUUCUUCUGUCUAGUAUCUUAGAGUGUCACAAAUUCAAAGCACACAAAUGCUUUGUGCCUAUUUUCCACCUCUAAUUCAUUUAAUAUUAAUGCAGUUUACUCGUAUCACUCCUCUCCCGGCUAAGGGCUGGUUUCUUGCAAAAAUUCCAACAUGAUGCUGGCAGAGAUCUUCUAACAAAUCCAGGACUUUGAAAUACUUACCCUCUGUGAAAGAAAGCAAGUGUGUGGGUAAGGACGUGUAAGAGGGAAAGAUACUACCGAUGCAUUUGUACAAGGGAGGAGAAAGGUUUUUGCUAGAGCAACCCCAGGCAGAACAAUGAAUCAGGAAGUACGGAGUGAAAGAUAGCUGGGAAAGUCAAAUCAAAGACAUUUCAGACCACUUUGCUGCUCAGCAAAAUGGCAGCUGCUUUCACACUGCUGGUGCUGUUCUUAGCAGCUUUUGUUGCUGGAUUUAUCUUGUUGGUCCUGGGGGCAAUUAAUUUUGAUAUCUCCAACUCGGAUAUUCCUCCUGGAGUGAAUCAGCCUGUGAAGCUCCGAAUCGUUCAUGUAAUUUUAAUAAGCAGAGCUGUGGUGCAGGGGAAGAUAUUGGAAAACUUGGGCAUCUGCAGUCAGGUUAGCUUUGUCCGGUACAUGCAAAGUAGAAAGACUCGAGGAGCAGACCCGAAGCUCUUCAUCAAGGACCUGUGGUUCGAGCAAGUGCCUGUAAGGAUUUAUCAGCCUAAGGCUCCAUCUGCCAACCAAAGGAGAGGAGUUCUGUUUUUCCAUGGAGGAGGAUGGGUAUUUGGAAGUCUUGAGACCCAUGACAAGCUGUGCCGCUACAUGGCCAGAGAAAGUGACUCGGUGGUUGUAUCUGUUGGGUACCGUUUAGCUCCUGAACACAAAUAUCCGGCUGCGUAUGAAGACUGUCUUGAUGCCACCGUACACUUCAUGAAGAACACAGAGCACUAUGGGGUGGAUCCUGCCAGUGUAAUCGUCUGUGGGGACAGUGCUGGGGGCAAUCUGGCAGCCGCUGUCAGCCAGACCCUUGCAGGUCGAUCCGACCUCCCCAGACUGCGUGCUCAGAUCCUGAUCUACCCAGGCCUUCAGGCGCUGGACUUCAAUUUACCAUCCUACCAGCAGAAUCAGGGAGUCCCUCUCUUAUUCCGAGAAUGUGCUGCUUUCUACGUGUUACAGUACCUAAAUGGGAACGCAUCCAAUCUGGAAGAGGUUUUGGAGGGUUCCCAUAUUUCUAUGGACAUUAAAUUAAAUUAUAUGAAGUGGGUGAAUCCAGAUAACAUCCCUAAAAAAUUUAAGGUCAGAGGCUACAAACCACAUGUGCUGCUUGACUGUCCAACUGACGUUUAUGAGACCGUGAGACGAUACUGUGAGCCCAACCUGUGCCCACUGCUGGCUGAAGAUGCUGUUGUCCAACAGCUGCCUGAGACUUUCAUCCUGACAUGUGAGUAUGACGUACUGAGGGACGAUGGCUUGCUUUACAAGAAGAGACUAGAGGACAACGGGGUUCAAGUGACCUGGUACCACCUUGAAGAUGGAUUCCACGGAAUCAUAAAUCCAUUUGAUAAUGACUGGUUGUCAUUUUCCUCUGGAAAAAAGGGUCUUGACAAUAUCAGGAACUUUCUUAAAAGCUUGUAGAAAUGAUUUUCUUUCCUUCUAUAAGAACUGCCAAUUUUCUGUGGUCUUUUAUGCUUCUAAAUUUCAUGUAAGAGGUUUAGAGGGGAUCAUUUGUUAAUGAGCAAUUCUGCCAGUGUGACCACUGAAAAAGAUAUUUCAAGACUGCUAUGAGCAUUUCUUUUAGUGCUGUUCGAAGUAUUCCAUGUGCAGUCUGCCUGUUUUAAUGCUCUACAGGG